ACAUGAAGUGUGUGAUAGCUCUCAUGUUGGCAGCCCUGCCCCUUUACUGCUAUGCAGGUUCUGGCUGCCAACUCCUGGAUGAUAUGGUCACGAAGACGCUUGAUUCACAGAUAUCUCUCACUGACUACCAUAAUUUUUUUAAGAAUUUGAGCAGUGGUGCUGCUGCUGAAAUGGCUGUGAAAGAUUUCAAACAGUGUUUUCUCAUGCAAUCCAAUGAAACUCUGAACAAUAUCAAGGUGUUUCUGGAAACGGUAUAUAAUAGCCCUUUUUGUAAAGGGUUAUAACUUCUGACAAGACGUUUGGCUCAGAGGACUACAGACUGGACUAAAAAACCGACUGCUGAUUACCGCCAGCGAUGACGUGUCUUUUUUUUUUUUCUGUCCUUUUAUCCAUAAACUGCAAGAUAAUUGUUGAAACCUCAAAUGCAUUUCCUUUUAAUAAACCUGCUGC